AUGGUUUCCAAUCCUUCAUCUUCAACAGAAGUAUGGAUCAAUUCUAAAACAUCGAUUAAGUUCCCAUUCGAACCAUAUGAAUGUCAACGGAUUUUUAUGAAAAAUGUAAUUGAUGUGCUGGAUAUGAAGUUGGAUGCAGCACUCGAAAGUCCAACGGGAACCGGAAAGACACUUUCUCUUCUCUGUUCAACAUUGGCUUGGGUUCAAAAACUGAAAGAAUCUAAACCGAUGGACUUUGCUACGUGGCAGUCAUCCGGAGCCGGAGGUGCAGAAAAAACGGAGGACAAGCUCAAGAAUUCCUUCAUCCCCACAAUCUUUUACGCAUCCAGGACUCAUUCACAAUUGGAGCAAGUGGUUCAUGAAUUAAAUAGAACCGAGUAUAAAUGGGUGAAAACGACUAUUCUGGGAUCACGAGAGCAUUUCUGCAUCAAUCAGAAAGUGAAGAAAAUCAAAGAAUCGAAUCGUCAAGCACAUGUAUGUCGUGGAUUGGUUUCAAAACGAUCAUGUCAUUACUAUAACAAAUUCGACGCACUAACCACUGAUAAGGCUAACGAGAUUUUGGAAAAGGGAGAAGCUAUGGAUAUUGAAGAUUUUGUGAAAAUAGGAACUCAGAAUUCCAUCUGUCCAUACUUCAUGUCUCGACAACGUUCAGAAACAGCUGAACUCAUUCUUCUACCUUAUAACUAUAUCAUCGACCCAAAAAUGAGGAGACGAUACAAACUUGACUUGAAAAAUUCGAUCGUGAUUUUUGAUGAGGCCCAUAAUUUGGAAUCGAUUUGUGAAUCCAAUGCAUCUGCAGAACUUUCUUCAACUAGCAUUGCCCUUUGUAUUGAAGAACUCAAAAAAGUGCUCGCGUUGUUAGUUGAAGAAGAGGAAAAUGCUCGUGAGGAAGCUGAUAACGAAACGGAGGCUUUCGGAACUCAGAAAAUUGAUCUUACCAAGAAGUUGAUUGAAAAUCUGAGAACAGAAGAUUUGAUGGCUCUUUUAGAGAAAGUGUUCACACUUGAAGAGAACUUUGACAAACUAUUUGAGUCAGAUCAAUUGAAAUCAGUUCCACCUCUGGAUGGCAAAGCUUCCGAUGGAGCAAUUCUUCUUGAGACUUUAGCGAAUUCUGGAUGCGAUGGGAAUUCUGUUGAACGUUUUGUGGAUGUUCUUCGAGAUGCCAUCUCAUAUCUGUUGUCUAAAAACGAAGAAGUUUCGUUGACAGAAAAAGGAGACGGAAUGGAGAGUGUAGCUGAUUUUCUACUGUCAAUAUAUUCCACCCAUGCACAAGAAGUAGCAGCAGCAGUUGGAGACGAACACAUCAAGCUUGCCGAUCGCGUGGAUCCAGCAACCGUAGCUCGUAACUGCAAACUGUACAUCCGAAAAGAUAGUGGAAAACUUGUCAUAAAAUAUUUCUGCUUUCAAGCAUCAAUUUCUAUGCGAAUGUUGAAAAUGCGAGGAGUUCGAAAUGUACUUCUUGCUAGUGGAACACUCUCUCCCAUCCAAGCAUUCACCUAUAACAUGGGACUAAAUUUCGGAGCUAUUCUUGAAAACGAGCAUGCUUUGAAACAAGUUCCAGUUUUGACAUCUAUCGUGACUCGUGGAAAACAUGGAGGACUUGUCGGUUCUUUCCAGAAUCGAAAGAACAUUGAAUAUGUGUCAGAUGUAGGCGAAUCACUGAUUCGUGUCAUGGAAACGACUCCACAAGGAGUUCUCGUUUUCUUUUCCUCGUACUCACAAAUGGACGAAUUGGUAGAGGUGUGGAAAAAAACAAAACGAGGAGCAUCAGAUUCGCCUGAAACUUUUUGGGAAAAAAUGGAGAAGACCAAGAAAAUUGCGGUGGAACCGAGAGCAAAAGAACAACUAGCUGCUGUUCGAUUGAGAUAUACACAGGGUGUAUCAGAACCUCACGGAGCAGCUUUACUGGCAGUUUGUCGAGGAAAAGUUUCAGAAGGAAUCGAUUUCUGUGAUGCAGAGUCAAGAGCCGUCAUCAUUGUUGGGAUCCCGUAUCCACCGAUUCAUGACGAGCGAGUUGUAUUGAAGAAAAUGUAUUUGGAUGAUUUAAUGGGAAGAAAGGAUUUGACAAACGAACCGCAAUCGUCUCGUGAUUGGUAUCAAAUGGAAGCUUUCCGAGCAGUCAAUCAAGCGAUUGGUCGUGUUCUUCGUCACAAAAAUGAUUUUGGAACAGUUGUGUUGAUCGAUACACGAUAUGCAUCUGCCAAACCUGAAAUGUUUCCAAAGUGGUUAAGAAACACAAUUAGUCGUUGUGAUUCUAAUAACUGUGCUCUCAAAACUGCCCGGUUUUUCAAGGAAAGAGGUCACUUGAUUGAGAAUUCGAAAUCAGAAUAUAUCAAGAAACAAGCAAAGACUUGCAAAUCAUUCAGACAAGUGAAAUCUCAAAGCGCUUCGAAUCCAAAAGAUGACAUCACGGAUAUUACGUUAGAAGACAUGUUCUCCCCGGCGAAUAUGAAGAUUGAGAAGAAAGAAAAGAUUGAACCACGUCCGAUUAAAUACGAUUCUUCUUCAUCGUCUGUUUUCAGUCUCCCCACGAAUGAGGAUGAGUUGAAAGUCAAGAAAUGGGAGCAGGAAAACGAUUCCCAAACAAAUGUAUCAAGUUCUUCUGAUUUGAAUAAGCGGAAGUAUAAGGCUGAAACACCAGGAAAUUCAUCUGGACAACACGUAGUCUCCGGAUCUGAACCACCGAAAAAGAGAAAGAUGGUUCUUUUGACUCGCGAAACCCUUCCGGAGAAAUACCAGAAUGCUCUCAACAUUCCAACUUCGGAACUUACGAAAGGAAUGUCGCUUGACAAUCAGAAACAAUUUGUUGCCACUCUCAAAGGAUACAAAGCAACCAAUAUGGAAUGGCAAGAAGUUUUUCAGCGUCUCCAUCAGAUUUUUAUUCCCGACCGACCAGAUCUAUUUAUCAGUUGUUCCAACAUUUUGAGAUCGGAAGAUAAGAUGAAAUACAUUCGAAGAUCAUUGGGAAUGAAGAUUAACUACUAA